ACACGAAUGCCAACCUGGCACACUGUUUAGCCCAACCAACGCUGCGUGCACCUGGAGCCAACUGGUCCCUGAGUGUCAGAAGCCGGGACAGGACAAACUGGAAGUCUCCAAGACACUCCAUACAAAGUCUUCCGGUUACCGGCAGGCGGGUCAUCGAGCAGUGCGUGCCGAAACGUUUCAGCAACAUUUGAUUGAACCUUCUGCGUAUAAAGUGCAAGCUGUUGACACACAAGAGUUCACCUGCCCAGAUGUGGAAGAUGGCUUUUUCCAGGACAACGUCUUUUGCGACAUCUUCCACAGAUGUGUGGUGGGGAAAAAGUUUACCUUCACCUGUCCAGCUGGUACAUUUUUCAAACUGGAAGAUACCUUAUGUGACUUUUGGGAAGCAGUGUCCGACUGCACCAAAGAUGGCAUCCGCUUGGAGGCAAUGGGCAGUCUGCCAGAUGUGGUUGCCCUUUCGCAGACAGAUCGACUUCAACAACAGGUGGCCGAGGAGUUUGACCUCAGCGUUAUCAACAUCGAUGCAGACCCCAUAGGUUGCCCGGCAUCCAGUGGACUGUUCCCUCACCCAAGAAACUGCCGUCAGUUUGUCUUCUGCUCUCGGUUUGUUCCCUUGGUGCUGACCUGCCCAGAACCACUUCUCUUCAACUCGCAAACCUUGACCUGUGACUUCGCCAUGAAAGUGCAUUGCUUCCGGUCUGAUGAAUACCGAAGAAAGUAG